AUGUCCGUUCGCCCCGGCCUCAUCGCCGCCUCCCGCGUCGGUGCCCCCUCCAAGGCUCUCAGGACCCAGUGGAUCCGUUGCGCCUCCGACUCUGCCAAUUCCCCGGCUCCCCCAAAGCGUACCGCGACUGUUCAGGAUGCCGACAAGGAGAUCAAGGAGCGUCAGCGCAUGAUGCGUCGCCUGCCUCCCGGGUUCGACUUCGCCGGCGCAUACGCCCCGAUUGUGUUUGCUCGAGAACCUCUUCAAGUACAAGCCGAAGUACUUGUGGGAGCGCAUGAAGCGCACUUUGCAGACGGCGCAGAUCCGCUUGAGGACGUGUACAAGGAGUACAACCAGGCGCAGGCGCGGGGUGACAUUACGGCGCUGAAGAACCUGUCGAUGGGACCCGCGCUUGACCGCGCGACGACGGUUGCCAAGGCGCUCUCCGGCAAGAAGGGCCAGUGGCGCUUCAUUCGCCAUGUCACGCCGCCCCGUAUCGUGUCGGUGCGCACCGGACCGAUGGACAUGCACGGCAAGAUGACGGCGACCCAGAUCACUGUCCAGUACGACACGGAGCAGGAGUUCACUGCUCCCAAGCGUGCCCCCAAGACGAGCCGUGUUCGCGAGUACAUCGUCUUUGACCGCCCGCAUGAGCCUUCUGGAUCUCUCAAGAUCAAGGACUUUGUCAAGGAGACCCCCAUCGACGACCCCGCCGCCAGCGAGAAGCGCGCGUAA